AUGAACCCUUUGCAAAAGAACAAGAUCGAUAUUGCAUCCCUCUCCCCGGAUGAGCAACGACUCUUCCGCCUCUAUGGCAAACUCCCAAGCAAAGCCGAUCAUUUAGCCAAACAACUCAAGGAACGUAAAUACUUCGAUUCUGGCGACUAUGCACUUUCCAAAGCCGGCAAGGCUUCUUCCGUCGACACUGGUAGCGUUGGGUCUGAGCAUCCUCUUCCAGAAAAUAUCCCCCAUCUCUCAUCUCCCAGCGUUGGCAAUGCCGCACAAGGUGGUUCUGGCAAUACAAAUGUAGGACCUGGCUCUGCACAUCAUGGUAGCAUUGCGGGAUUGGGAUUGGGUCAGCAGAGUGGAAGUCCAGUAAAAGAGAGCAGCUAUUUACAUCGCGAGACAAGCAUUGAUGAGGCAGAUAAGAAGAAUGAUGGAAACACACAGCAAGCGGGAGAUGGCAGUGUUAGUCCACCAGUUGUUAAGGGAGGUAUUCCAAUCAAUGGUUAA